AGUUGAAGUUGAGAGUCCAAAACAUGGUUAAGAUGGAGUGGGUGGGGAGGCACAAUUAACAGGCAAUAUCGGUAAGGAAGAAACAAUGGAUCCUGGAUUUGUUUCAGGAUUCAUUGGAGCCGCCAUUAACAUUUUGUCUGAUGAAACGCUUAAAGCUCUCAAGGUCGCCAUUUAUUGUCGCAGUGAGCUCAAAUCUCUGCAUGAACAGCUCCAGCGAAUAAUGCCUCUUAUGGAUUCUGCACAGUCUGAGUCUCAAUCAAUCUCCUGCACAUUCAAGGAUGAUGCAGUCAAAACGUGGCUGCAAACGCUACAAACCCUCCUCAAGGACGCAAAUGCAACGGUGACCGGCUGUACAAUUCCACCUUAUAAUGUCUUUGCUCGUUACAGAGUAGCUAAGAGUAUUAAGCAAACGAGUAAACGAAUCCAAACGCACAUUGAUAACGUUGGUUUGAUUAAUCUGGUGCAUCAAUUUGCCGCUCACAAAGAUUUCAUUGACAGAAUCGACGGAAUUCGCAGCAAGAUGCCCGUUUUGAGAGUUCAGCCCGUUUUGGAGGCGUGCGUUAUUGGACAGGAGGGUUUGUUUCAGGAUCUCCAGGAUCGAAUCCUCUCGAACAGCAAUCAAGAGCGGCGAAUUGGCAUAACAGGCAUGGGGGGCUCAGGAAAAACUGUUCUGUUAAAGACGGUGCUUAACAGCGAGCCCAUGCAGGAUUUCUUCGCACAGGGUCUUAUAGUUUGGCUGACAGUAUCGAAGACGCCGUUUCCUACCCUGCUGCGCCAAUUAGGCCGGAGCAUAGAGGGUCAAGCAAUGGAGGCUGCAGGUGCUCUUGAGGAGGUGGGGAAUGAGCACAAUAUAAAGAGCUUUGUGAGAACAAUGUUGCGGAAAUACAGGUUUUUAAUUAUGCUGGAUGAUGUUUGGGAAGGGAGCGAGGAAGUGUUGGAGUUUCUUCAAGUGCCGCAGAAGAGAGAUCCGAGAGAUUCUAAAAUUGUGAUUACAAGCCGCGACCCGGGGCUGCUGUCAAAGAUGGGGGUGAAGAGUACCAUUGCCCUGAAACCCUUGACGCAAGAGGAAGGUUGGGAACUGUUUAAGAUCCAUGCUUUUACAGACUUUCAUCCUGGGAAGCUUGAACCCUUGGCUCGAGCGGUCGCCCAAGAGUGCAAAGGCCUCCCGCUGGCGAUUAAGACAGUCGGAGCAGCCAUGGCCGGGCGGUCACAUGAAGCAGAGCAAUGGCAGAUUGCUCUAGAAAAAUUGCGAAACGCAGACAUACUUUAUCCGGAGCAGGAAGACCAAGUGUUUCAGAGGCUCCGACUCAGCGUUGACGCUCUCAACUCGAACCUCAGGGCCUGCUUUCUUUACUUUGCGGCAUACAAGGAGGAUGCUAUUAUAGAUGUGGAGGAUAUAGCCUUUUUGUGGAAUUACGAAGGAUUGCUGGGGAAUUCGACUGGUUACGGCUAUCUGCGACAGGGGCGACAGUUGUUGAAUUCGCUGAUAGAUCGCUGCUUGAUUGAUGUGGUUUCAAGCGAUAGAAAUGGCGCUGUGCGCAGCUGUAAAAUACAUGAUGUUCUGAGGGAUGUUGCCCUCCGAAUCGCAGAAAGAGAGGAAAAGUGCUUGUUCAGAGCCGGUAAAGAUCUCACAACAUUCCAGGCGGGGACAUUUCAAAGAAUAUCGGUGAUGGAUAAUAAGAUCUCGGCCAUUCCCGAGGAUUUCCAGGGUCCGAGUCUAGAAACUUUGCUUCUGUCGGCUAAUACAAAAUUUAGCAGAAUUUCAGACAACGCCUUGAGAAGCCUCACUGCGCUUAGAAUCCUGGAUCUCAGAGACACGGCGGUCCAAGUCUUGCCGGAGAGUAUAGGUUUUCUAAAGCAGCUCAUCUGCUUAAGAUUGUCAAAAAACCCCAUCCAAAAUUUACCGGCUCGGUCAUUUAUCAAGCUGAAAAGGCUACAGGUACUUGAUCUGUCAGAAUGCCUCAACCUUACGAAUCUGCCAGAAGGAAUUUCCAAACUGAAAAGCUUGCAAGUGUUGGAUCUGCAUGGCUGUGAAAGUCUGGGAUACCUUCCUUUGGGACUCACUUCCUUGGUUUCUCUACAAGUUUUAAAGAUGGAGAACUGCUUCACCUCUGCAUUGCCCAUACAAUUUAAACCACCGACCGCCAUAACCGGUCAAAUUUUAUCUCUCGGGAGAAGUCGCACUCCAUGUUUAAGUGAUUUGAAGGCCUUGACUGAACUGAGAUGUCUAGAGAUUGAUAAUUGGAAGGACACCUCCAUCCCAGAAGGAACCAUGAGCUGUUUUACCAAGAUAGAGAGAUUAAUUUUGGGAAUGCAUAGCAUAAAAACCCUACCACAGGAUAUGGUUAACAACAAAGGGCUUAGGCACCUUGUUUUCAAGUGUUCGAAUAUCAACAAGUUGCCAGCUUGGAUGACUGAGUUUCAAAAUCUGCGAAGCCUCAAAUUAUUUAAUUCUCGGAGUUUGGAAAUCUUGCCAGCUUUGGAUAAGCUAGAGUCUCUCGGGUGUUUAGAAAUCCACGAAUGUGAUAAACUCAAGGCCCUUCCCAUUGCUUUCGGACGCCCGGGAGCAUUCCCGAAUUUGAGGAUGCUGUGGCUGCGAAAAUUGGAAAUGUUGCAGAAUUUACCGACCAUUGGAAGGGGAUCGAUGCCUAUGUUGGAAGUUUUGGGCAUUGAGAAAUGUAUGCAAAUAUCAAGAUUGCCAGACGGGAUAAAAAGGCUGGAUAAUCUCAAGGUGCUCAGCAUUUAUGGGUCCAGAGAAUUGAUCAGAGCUACAAGCCAAGGUGGCGAGGAUUGGAAGAAAGCGAAAAGGCUCCAGCAAGAUAAACAUGUCAAGAUUUUAAAAGAGAGGAAUACAGAGUGGAUUAAUGCAUUUGAAAUGAAAUUGGGAGACGACUAACCCCACCAUUGUCCCUCAUCAGCCAAGAACAGAGCGGAAUAGCUCAACUUCAAUUUUUUGGUGUGUUUUCCAACAGACGCAUAUAUACUUGUAUAUAUGAGGUACCAUUUCUGUAAAGAAGGUACUGUUUCUAGUAAAUAAUAUUUAUUCACUAAUCCAGGCUGCAACAAGUAGCAUUCCACUUGUAAUCUUAUAAUAUUACUGUACAUUGAAAUUUGCAGCUUAUGGGACUCACUGUAAUUUUCUUUUUAAAUUGAAAAAAUGCGAUUACAGUGUAUUCGGGCAAAGAGUGUAACAUCAGAACAGGAUAGAAACAAAUAACAUACAGUUUACAAUCA